AUGAAAUUUGAUAAAUUGCAUUCUCAUAAUUCAACUCCAAAAACAGUCGAAUUCGUUUCAACAACAAAAUCAAGAUUUGUACCUCCACCACUUGGUUUAGAAAUUGUUACUAUGCCCAAUAAUAAAAUUUUUGAUCUUUUCUUAAGAGGAUCUAUUAGUGCAAAAUAAAUGUUAUUAAUGGAUCAUAAUGAUAUUGAUAAAUCUGCUAGAAUUCCUCCAAGACGUUAAUAAACAAGACAUAAAUCAAUUAAAAAAAAUUAAGCUGAUUAAAUUUUUAACCUUGUCGAAAGAUUUUAACAAUAAAGAAAAUAAUCUAUUCUCAUAACAUAAAAUCCAAAACCUGCUAAUCCACCAAAAUUAUCAAGGAAAGAAACAUUAAUGUAAUUAACAUCUAGUACAAAAGAAUUAAUCUAACCAAUUUCAUAAUCUAAAUUCAGAAUACCAGUUAGAAAAUUUUCUUAAAGAAGUACUUCUAGUGGUAAAGAGGAAUAAUUAAUAAAGAGAUGUGAAAAAUUAAGUGGAGAACGUCUAAAUGAAGAGGAAAAAGAACUACUAUUAAAAAAAGAUAUAACUGAUGAAGAUGCAUGGAGAAUUAUGAAUGUAUUUUAGAAGAAAAAAUGGUUUUUUGAUUAUGUUCACAGAAAUUUAGAAUAGUAAAAGUAACAGACAAGUUAAUAAGAAAUCAAACAAUAGAUCUAGCCUAUCUCACUUUUCUAAAAAUUAAGAAAUACUGUGCUUAAACAAGCAGAAGUCAAAAGAAAACCUGAAAAAUAAUGUUAGGAAUAUUAUAAUCACAUUUAAAAGUAUAUUUAUUAAUUAUAUAGUAUUGAAGAUUAAAUUAAAUACCAUGUUUUUAAUAGAAAUCUACCUGAACAAAUAAGAAAUUAAUAAAAACCUAAUGUAA